AUGCAUACGGAUCUGCGUCCCGCUGUCCACACGCUGCUACCCGGAGGCCCGCUGGGCCAAACCUCGACUCCUCCCACAGCCCCCAUGCGGAGGGGGCUCGGGGCCGUUCCUAAGUUCUCCUGUUUGAGGACUCGGGGACAGUGGCAGGCAGGGAAGCUGGCGGCUCCCCUCGCCCCCGGGGCGGCCUCGGGCUCCCCAGCUUGGUACCACCAAGGGGGUUCACAGGCGCUGCGGGUUGGGUCAAACGAGUUCCCGGAGAUGGAGGCAGGAGAGACUGCUCCCGGCUCCUACUUCGGCAGCUCCCAGCAGAGGGCUUGUGCUCCCAGAGUCUAUUUUGCAGAAAAUCUCUUCAGUGAUGAAACUCUUGCCAAUGGCUUUCAUUCCUGUGACAGUGACGAGGAUGACCGUGCCUCUCAUGCAAGCUCCAGUGACUGGACUCCCAGACCUAGAACAGGUCCUUACACAUUUGUGCAGCAACAUCUCAUGAUCGGCACAGAUCCUCGGACGAUCCUGAAGGAUCUGCUGCCAGAAACAAUCCCACCACCUGAGCUAGAUGAUAUGACUCUCUGGCAGAUUGUUAUCAACAUCCUUUCAGAACCACCAAAAAGGAAAAAGAGAAAAGAUAUUAAUACAAUUGAGGAUGCUGUGAAGUUAUUGCAGGAGUGCAAAAAGAUCAUUGUUCUCACUGGAGCUGGGGUAUCUGUUUCCUGUGGAAUACCUGACUUCAGAUCAAGAGAUGGUAUUUAUGCUCGACUGGCAGUAGAUUUUCCCGACCUCCCUGAUCCUCAAGCAAUGUUUGACAUUGAAUAUUUCAGAAAGGAUCCAAGACCAUUUUUCAAGUUUGCAAAGGAAAUCUAUCCUGGGCAAUUCCAGCCAUCUCUCUGCCAUAAAUUUAUAGCCUUGUCGGAUAAAGAAGGAAAACUACUUCGAAACUACACUCAGAACAUAGAUACACUGGAACAAGUUGCGGGGAUACAGAGGAUAAUUCAGUGUCAUGGUUCCUUUGCAACAGCUUCUUGCUUGAUUUGUAAAUACAAGGUGGAUUCUGAAGCUGUACGUGAAGAUAUAUUUAAUCAGGUGGUUCCUCGCUGUCCCCGGUGUCCUGCCGAUGAGCCACUUGCCAUCAUGAAGCCAGAGAUUGUAUUCUUUGGGGAAAACUUACCAGAGCAGUUUCACAGAGCCAUGAAGUAUGACAAGGAUGAAGUCGAUCUCCUCAUUGUUAUUGGGUCUUCCCUGAAAGUAAGACCAGUAGCGCUGAUUCCGAGUUCCAUUCCCCACGAAGUGCCUCAGAUCCUGAUCAACAGGGAACCCCUGCCUCACCUGCACUUUGACGUCGAGCUUCUGGGGGACUGUGACGUCAUCAUCCACGAGCUCUGCCAGCGGCUGGGCGGCGAGUACGCCCGGCUCUGCCCCAGCCCGACGAGGCUUUCGGAGAUCACGGAGAAGCCCCCGCGGCCCCAGAGGGAGCCGGGCGCCCGCUGGCUGGCGCUGCCGCCCACCCCCCUCAACGUCUCCGAAGACUCUAGUUCCCCCGGCAGAACUUCCCCGCCAGACUCUUGGGCGGGCGACAGGAGGGCCGGGGAGCCCGACGACGGGGCCACCUCCCGGGGGGGCUGCCGAGCGGAGAAGCCGCCGCCGGAGGGCCGAGUGCCUUCGGGGCCCCCCGCGAGUAUCACAGAGCAGCUGGAGGAGGCCGGAGCCAACGGUGGGGAGAAAAACGAAAGAACUCACGUUGUGGAGACCCUGAGGAAGUGCUGGCCCAACCGGCUCGCCAAAGAGCAGAUCAGUAAGCGGCUCGACGGUAACCAGUACCUCUUUUUACCACCAAAUCGCUAUAUUUUUCAUGGCGCCGAGGUGUACUCGGACUCUGAAGACGACGUCCUGUCCUCCAGCUCUUGUGGCAGCAACAGCGACAGCGGCACGUGCCGGAGCCCCAGCCUCGAGGAGCCCAUGGAGGACGAGAGCGAGAUGGAGGAAUUCUACAACGGCCUGGAGGAGGACGCCGACGCUCCGGACAGAGGCGGCCCCGGCUGCGGCUGCGAGAAAGACGACCAGCGCGCGGCCAGCGAAGCCGCGUCCGGCAAGGACGAGGCCGCCGCCGUCGACCAUUCGUCCAGCAGGUUAUAAUGUCAUCUCGGCCCGGGGACGGGAACUUUUCCACCAGCAUUAGGAACUUUGGCAUGUCAGAAUGAAUGUUUACUUCUGAACUGGAGAGCGAGGAAAACCGCGAGCGAGUGGCGUUUAGAGACAGUGAAGCCAGAUUCUCAUGUCUAAUUUUUACUUUUUCAGUGAUUCUAUAACUGUACGCUCAACACUAACUUUUUUAAAAGGAAGGUAAGGUACUAAGUAUCUUUAGUCAGCUGUUCGUCACUAUGCUCACUUUUCCCAAGAUUCAGUUUGUGUGAUGAUGCAUCCGUAUGUAUAUAUCGUUUUUUGGAUUUUGGGGGGGAAGGGGGUGCCUAGUGAAUUUCAGCAUUUUAAAGUUUUCCAAAAGCCAUUGGAUGUUAAAUUAAUAUAAAGGGAACAGCUAAUCUAGACCAAAGACUGGUAUUUUUCUCACCGUUUUUCUUUCUAACAUUUUGAAUGGUUGUUUCACACCUUC